GGCCCUGUUUCAAGAUGGCGGACGACAGUGAGACAGCAGUGAAGCGGCCGCCGUCGAGGCCCCAGCGAUCGUCCGGGGAGGAGAAUGAUCACGAGCACUGCAGCGAUUGCGAGAACGAGGAAGAGCACAGCUACAACCGGGGUGGCUUAAGUCCAGUGGAUGACAGUGGAGCCAAAAAGAAGAAAAAGAAACAGAAACGGAAGAAAGAGAAAGGAGAACAACUUGAUACGGCUCAGGAUCAGCCCGUAAAGGUGAAACUGCCAGCCGAGAGGAUCCAGGAGAUUCAGAAAGCCAUUGAAUUGUUCUCUGUAGGUCAGGGACCUGCCAAGACUAUGGAGGAGGCCAGCAAGCGCAGCUACCAGUUCUGGGACACACAGCCAGUACCCAAACUAGGAGAAGUGGUGAACACUCAUGGGCCGGUGGAACCAGACAAAGACAAUAUCCGUCAGGAGCCUUACACCUUGCCCCCAGGCUUCACCUGGGAUGCCCUGGACUUGGGGGACCGAGGCGUGCUAAAAGAGCUGUACACGCUCCUGAACGAGAACUACGUGGAAGACGAUGACAACAUGUUCCGGUUUGAUUACUCACCUGAGUUCCUUCUGUGGGCUUUGCGUCCCCCCGGCUGGCUGCCCCAGUGGCACUGCGGGGUCCGAGUCAUCUCUAGCAAGAAGCUGGUUGGAUUCAUCAGUGCGAUUCCAGCCACGAUCCACAUCUACGAUUCAGAGAAGAAGAUGGUGGAGAUAAACUUCCUGUGCGUCCACAAGAAGCUGCGAUCUAAACGGGUGGCCCCGGUUUUGAUCCGGGAGAUCACCCGGCGGGUUCACCUGGAGGGGAUUUUUCAGGCUGUUUACACGGCAGGGGUAGUGUUGCCGAAACCCGUCGGCACUUGUAGAUACUGGCAUCGGUCCCUGAACCCUCGGAAACUGAUUGAAGUCAAGUUUUCCCACCUGAGCAGGAACAUGACAAUGCAACGCACCAUGAAGCUCUACCGGCUGCCGGAGACUCCGAAGACAUCCAGCCUGCGGGCAAUGGAGCACAAAGACAUUGCUGUCGUGCACAAGCUUCUGACCGAGUACCUGAAGCAGUUCCACCUGACCCCAGUCAUGAGUCGUGAGGAGGUGGAGCACUGGUUCUUCCCUCAGGAGAAUAUCAUUGACACCUUCGUGGUGGAGAGCCCCACCGGUGAGGUGACAGACUUCCUGAGCUUCUACACGCUGCCCUCCACCAUCAUGAACCACCCCACUCACAAGAGCCUGAAAGCCGCGUACUCCUUCUACAACGUUCAUACCAAGACUCCCCUCCUCGACCUCAUGAGCGACGCCCUCAUCCUCGCAAAGUCGAAGGGGUUUGAUGUGUUCAAUGCACUGGAUCUCAUGGAAAACAAAACCUUCCUGGAGAAGCUGAAGUUUGGGAUUGGGGACGGGAAUCUGCAGUAUUAUCUUUACAAUUGGAAAUGCCCCAGCAUGGGGGCAGAGAAGGUUGGACUGGUGUUGCAGUAACCAAUCCCCAGAGAGGAGCGGCGACGUCUCUGAGAAGUUGGGCCAGGAAGCGAAAGUUGCCGCUGGCUGUUGGGGUUUCCGUGGAAGCAAGACCCUCCUGAAGAGGAGCUGGGACUGAACCAUCCCCUGAUUUUAACGAUUGUGUCACAGGAUGCCAGCUGCUACACCCUGGGCAGCGGCAUCGGUCUCCUUUGUUUCAAUUAAUUGCAUCCUCGUACAGACGUGAUCAAGGGAAUGUAACUGCUGCAAACUAGCUCAUGAUUGGCAAAUACUGGAGUUAACGGGUGAAUAAUAAAAGUAUAUAUUAUAUACAUUUUAAAUAUCUUUCCUCUUGCAGACUGACCCAGAUGACCACUUCCCCAGCUCUGCAUGUUGCCUUUUCUCAGCAAGAAGCUGGGUCUAAAAUGGGACAGCUGCUU